CCAGAAUCAUUUAAAAGCAUCUCCCAGCUCAUGGAGUCACUACAACACACAGUCUCCCUAAGGAUCAAGCUACAAGUUUGUCAGCAGAAUUGUGUGGAGAAAUCUCUAGCUAGAUUUGCAGUUUAAGUCACUGUGCAGCAAUGAGGGUUCUAAUGGUUGUAUGCCUGCUCAUAGGAAGCAUUUCCUCUGUCCCGGUUUGGAAAGAGCAAGGCGCAGGUGCUCCUGGUCUAGCAGCCACAAGCCACAUGGCACCAUCUUACCCUGUUUCCUCACUGGGUUCAGGAAGAGUGGAGAGUUCUGGCCUGGGCAGCAGCUCCUCUCUACCAAGCUAUGUCGUCCCCAGUGCUGGUUCUGGCAGCCAUGCUAUGGUUGGGGGAGGCACCGGGGGCUAUGCUGGGGGCUACGCCAGCCCUUGGGUUGGUGGAGAUGGUGCUGGUUAUGCACCCUCUGCUGGGUAUGAUGCCAGUGCUACAGGUGGCGGCUAUGGUGGUGGUUAUGGAGGAGCUGGAUCACAUGGGUUUGCUCCAUCCACUGGAGGUGACGGCUGGAGCUCUGAAUCUACUUCAUACAACAGUGCUGGGGAUGAAAGCUCCGGGCCAAUCUUCAGUGAUGUUUCUGAUCUGGAUCCAGUCUACGCCUUCAGCUCUCGUUCAAGGUACCAGCGAGGAAGAGCCGUGUUUGCCCAAAGUCGCUACACUCCAGGAGAGGCUCUGGUCCAACCCAUGCCGAUAUACAGACCAGUCAUCAAAAACCCUGUGAUGCUGAGCAUUCCUGUCCAAGAACCUGUGAAAACUAUGCCUGUCAAAGCUCCUCAACAGAUUCUAGUUCAAGCUCCAACCAAAGGAGGCUACUAAAGAUCUUGCUGGUCUUGUUAUGUGACUCAUCUUGUCAAUGAAAAGCUGCCAAUAAAAUAUUUUGAAAGUGA